CUUCUUACUUUCCUAGGACCCCACUCCAUUAUGCCAGUACCUACGGACAUUCAGAAGUGGUGGCCCUGUUAAUAAAGAAGCAAUGCAACAUUGAAAUUUCUGAUAAGAAGUACAAAACACCACUGAUUAAGGCGGUAGAACACCAGCAUGAAGAAUGUGUAGAAAUUCUUCUCAAUAAUGGUGCCAAUCCAAAUGUUCAGGACAUUGAUGGACACUCUCCUCUCCACUGGGCCAUCUUUUGUCAGACCAUGGCAAUAACUGAAACACUGCUUUCACACAAUGCCAAUAUGGAAUUACAAAACAAGGAUGGGCACACGCCAUUGUUACUUGCGCUGAAGCACAAUAAACAACAAGUGGCAGAACUUCUCAUUCAGAAUAAAGCAAAUAUACAUGUAGUCGACAAGGAAAACAGAACAGCCCUCAUGCUGGCUGCAAAAUAUGAAGCAAAACAUGUAAUUGAGAUGCUUUUUCAUGGAGGUAUUGAUGGCUUAGCAGAAGAUCAUUCUGGAAUGAGAGCGUUAUCCUAUGCUCUUGCAAGUGGUUUCAAUGUGAAAUUAAUUUUGGAUUUUACUAGAGAAGCAUAUGAACAUAUUAAAACCAGGAAAGCAGAGAUUGAUGACUCUUUAUCCAGAAGUUCUGCCUCUGCACCUGAUCUUGAUGAUAUCAAGCCUACUUCAGAAAAGGGCAACAAUAAAUCUGAUAUCAAGAAUGUCCCUGAAAAAAAAGAAGUAUGUGGAGAUUUUCAGCAAUCUGAGAAUGAUGUAUUUCAAAAGAAAUGUCCUCAAGACAGGCCUGCCAUUGAAGACACAAAUGAAGCAAGUAAGGCAUUGGAAGUGAAUGCUGUAAGGACAUUCAAACCAGAUGAGAAUUCUAAAAAUGAAACUUCAACCAGGAAAUCUGGACCUGUUGAACCUGGGCCUACAUCCUAUGGGAGCAAUAGUAAAUCUUAUAUCAAGAAUGUCCCUGAAGGAAAUGGUACAGAAUGUGAAAAUUUCUGGCAAUCCAGGAACGAUGCAAAAUGUCAUCCUGAGAAACAGGAAUAUCACCCCUUUUUGGACCAUGAUAUUUCUGAGAGUGAAAGGAAAUGUGUGAUUUCAACCCUUCCUGUAAGAACUAUCAAAGUAAAGAGCUUGCAUGGUACUCCUCCUUCCUCAACUGACACAAAGAGUAUCCGUGGAGGAAAAGGUGAAGGUUAUGAAAAUUUCUUUCAAUCCUGGAGCGAGGAAGAAUAUGACCCCCAGAUGCAAGGAGAAAAUCGAACCUUGCAUGACGUGGACAAUUCUGACAGUGAAGUGGAACCUUUGUUUUCCAGCCGGCAUGUGAGAUGCCUCAGUGUAAAAAGUUUGCCUGAGAUGACUCCCUCGUCCUGGCCUGAAAAUAGUAUCCGUGGAGGAAAAGGUGAACGUUAUGAAAAUUUCUUUCAAUCCUGGAGCGAGGAAGAAUAUGACCCCCAGAUGCAAGGAGAAAAUCGAACCUUGCAUGACGUGGACAAUUCUGACAGUGAAGUGGAACCUUUGUUUUCCAGCCGGCAUGUGAGAUGCCUCAGUGUAAAAAGUUUGCCUGAGAUGACUCCCUCGUCCUGGCCUGAAAAUGUUGAGGAAAAAAACAAGGAGCACCCAGCUGAAAGAGACAAAUCACAAAACCUAUGGGAAGGCACUGAAGAGGAUGAUGAUCAUGAUGAUGAUUAUGAUGAUGAAUCAACUGAACAGAAAGAGAGCAGAAAAACUGACCAUAAGUGCUUUUCUCUUAGGAAGUUUCAAGAAUAUGAUGGGCUCAGAGAAAAAACAUCUAAUGAAGAAAAGGUCAAAAAACAAGCCCAUGCCAUGGAAGACCUUAAUAACUUAAGUCAGUCAUCUGAAACAGCCUCAAAGGAUUUUGAGUUGGCUUACCCUAACUAUGAGAAAAUUUUGCUGUUGAUUGAACAACACAAAAUGUCAUGUAAAGAUUCUCUUAGCCUAUCUGAAAUCAAGGAUGCAGUUAUUUCAUCUCAAAGAACAAUAGAACAUAAAAAAUGUCACUGCUUGCACUGCAUCCCGCUUAUAGAAAAACUUGCAAAAAUGGAAUAUGAAGUUUAUGGACUAAAAAUGGAGCUAUUGGAAGCAAAAAAAGUAAAAUCCAAGCUAGAACAUGAAAGAGCAGAGUGGAGACAAAGACUCUCAAAUAUGAGAGAAAGAGAAGGGGAUUGUAAUACAGAAAGGGAACUAAAAAGACAACUUGAAAUCUUCCAGACAAUAAGAGCUAGGAACCUGAAUACUUCAAGAAAUAAGUUAUUUCAGGAUUUUACUAGUGAUGAAAGAGGAAAAGAUCAACUAGAUAAAUAUCAGAGAACAGAAGAUACAAAUUCUAUGACAAGACUAGAAAUAAACACAAUAAAACAAGAGAACCAAGAAAAGGAAAAGAAAUACUUUGAAGAUAUUGAAAUUGUUAAAGGAAAGUAUGAUCUUCGAAAACCAAUCAAAAGGAAAGUGGCAGAAACACUUAGAGAUAAUCCAUUCCAGCAUAAUGAGCAAUUCAAUAACAUUAAAUGUGAGAUUAUAAAGCUAAAUUUUCAAACUGAGGAUGAAAAACAAAAUAGGGAAAGACUAGAAACAGAAAUCAAGUCUUACCAUGAAAGAUUGACUGCUGCUCCGUCCUGUCCUCAUGAAAGUCAGGUAUCAAAAGCAUACCAAGAACUUGCUUUCCACAGAGCCAGAGAUGAAUAUUUGCAUUCACACACUGAGAUAAAUUGUAAUAACUCUCACUGCAAAGUUAAUAGUGAGGUUUUAUCACAAGAACUUCUUAAGUAUGAAAGAAAGAUCGAUAGCCUAGAAAAUAAGUUACGUCAGACAGAGCAAGUAUAUGAAAAAAUCACAUUGGUUUUAGAAUAUGUACGAAGAAACCUAAGCCAGAGAGAGUGUCGUGUGAAGGAAAUCACGCACACAUGGCAAAGUGAACAAACUAAAGGGAAUAAAUAUUAUGGGAAGCAGAAUUCCACAGAGGAGAGAACAAAAUUGCAAAAUGAAAAUACAUUGGUUCAACAAUUGCAGGAACUUUACAGCGAAAUUGACAGUAAAGACACAGUAACACGUAUCCAAGGCGAAUGUCAUGAUAUUGUACAAAAAUUUCAAGUUAGCAAUAAAGAACACAAUCUCAUCCUGGAAAAAACCUUUGAGAAAUUAAGCAAUAAGUGGCUGCCAGUCCAGCAGCAUGGUACAGCGCAUGAUGAAGAAACCCCCAUACCCGCUAUGCAGAAUGACCAGUAUGGGUGCAGCCAGUAUGGCCGACAUUUCCUGGAAGACCUGCCACCUGCAUUCCAGUCAGCACUGGGCUCCUCCACCCAGGAGCGAGUUCCCCUUGCUGCGCAAAGCCAAGCAGUGCUUGCAUCUACCACCCAGGUAGAGCUGGAUGAAUCCAAAAGUCUCCUGGUGCCAAUCCAAGAAUUCCUCAGUGAAGUGCAAGAAGUUAUUCCUGAGGUUGUGGAUGAUCAGUGCUGGGUACCUCCCAAAUUCAGCAGCAACAAGACUGCCUUGCUGCACCCCACAAUCAUGGAUGGCCUUCAUCAGGGCCUGUCUUUUACAGUGCAGUAG